UUGGAGCACCAUGGCUCAUACAACGCACCUUUGCACUUCGCAGGCGAUCUUCACGUUCUUGCUGCUGCUGUGUCCGUGCACAGCGUAUUCGGAGUAUGACCCUUCGCAACCGCUACUACUAUCAAGCAAGGCCACAAUCUACCAGCAGACCGGCAACUAUCUCCACAUCGACCCACUACGACUACUGCGCCCAGCCUUCUGCGCACCAUCAUCGUCAACCAUGUCAUCACAUCGCAGUGGCAACUUAAGCGGCUGUCCGAGCGUCAGUCCGUUUAGUUGGCACGGAAGCAGCAUUUGGAGCACCAUGGCUCAUACAACGCACCUUUGCACUUCGCAGGUCUGUAAAAACUUUCCGCUUUAUGCUAAGAAAAGUGACGACCCAUUUUUGCUAUUGCUUCCGUGCCAACAAGUGCUCUGUGAAAUUGUCGCAGAUUGUUUUUCUAUGGCGUUGCUGUUAUUGUGCUCAGGUGACGUGGAAACUAAUCCCGGUCCUACUACGCGUACUGAGGCAUUACUCGAGCUGCAGAAUUUGCCAUCAAAUCCUUCUGAGCAGACGGAAGUUCUUUUCCGGCUGUUAAAAGACCUUCAGGCUCGUUCUGUACAAUCUGCUAAGGGUCAGGCCGAGUUGGUUAACGACGUCAAGGCCAUUAAGGUUGGUCAAAAGAACACCGAGACCAAAAUGGAAUGUAUCCAGAAAAGAUUAGACAACCUUGAAGAAAAAACAAACGUUUUAGACAAUCUCCAUGAUGAAAUGACUGGCAUUCAGGCGUCGACUCAAGCCCAAACAACUCGGCUUGACUCUUUACUAAUGCGCGUUGACGAACUCGAGGACAGAUCGCGACGCAACAACCUCAUAUUUCAUGGCAUCCGUGACUCUCGGGAAUCGUGGGAACAGUCCGAAUCACGCAUAAGAGAAGCACUAACUGGUGUAAUCGACAGCCUGCCUGACACGGCAAUCGAACGUGCUCAUCGCAUUAGUCACUACACGCCUAAUAAGUGUCGCCCAAUUGUAGUUAAAUUCACCAACACGAAAAUAAAAGACAAAGUACUUUCUUUGCGCGCACAGCUGAAAGAAAAGGGUAUUUCUACCUCCGAAGAUUUUUCGCCCGCCACCCGUCACGUCCGUAAAAAACUAAUUGAGUACGCUAAAGGCCAGCCCCAACCAUGCCCUUUCCAGUUAAGGUACACCAAACUAAUAAUGAAUAAAAAACAGUUCGUCUAUGACCCGGCAACAGACACCGUCAACGAGCAUGCGCCAUAUGAACCACGAGAUAACGGUGGGCAUGCAAAUUCCCAGCACGUGCCCAGUUAGGAAAACGUGAGGGGAUGUGGACGAGAAUCACGAGAAUCAUGCAUCGUAUCUGUUUUCUUUACAAAUAUUCGAAGCGUCAUGAAUAAGCGCACUUCCUUAGAAUCUGCCUUGGAGACUUGCAACGCCGACAUCUUUGUGCUUACCGAAACGUGGCUACAUUCACAGAUUCAAGAUAACGAAAUUCUUCA